CCACAGAGGACCAAGCAACCAAUAACAAUGGAGAACAUAUGGUCUCCAUGGUAACGGUGGAUCGUUUGGGGAAGGGCAGCGGUGGUGUGAAGCUGCUGAGAAGAAAGGGAUGGCGGGGACAUCAAGGCAUGACCGGGAGAUGGCCCUGAUGGCCCGACGGCAGCUGUCCGAGUGUUCAGAUCCUGUGGAGAGACUUCGACUCCAGUGUUUGACUCGAGGCUCGUCUGGAAUCAAAGGCCUGGGAAGAAUCUUCAGAAUCAUGGACGACAACAACAGCCGCUCCCUGGACUUCCAGGAGUUCCUGAAGGGCCUGAACGACUACGGGCUGAUGAUCGAGAGGGACGAGGCCACGCUCGUGUUUCAGCACUUCGACCGCGACGGGAGUGGAACCAUCGACUUUGACGAGUUCCUCAUCACCCUCAGGCCGCCCAUGUCGAAUGCCCGGAAGGAGGCGGUCAUGCAGGCGUUUCGGAAGUUGGAUAAAACUGGAGAUGGCGUGGUCACCAUCGAGGACCUGCAGGGGGUUUACAAUGCCAAGUACCACCCCAAGUAUCAGAACGGGGAGUGGACUGAGGAGCAGGUUUUCCAAACGUUCCUGGACAACUUCGACUCUCCGUACGACAAAGACGGGAAGGUGACUCUGGAGGAAUUUAUGAAUUAUUACGCUGGAGUGAGCGCCUCCAUCGAUACAGACGUCUACUUUAUUGUGAUGAUGAGAACCGCCUGGAAGCUCUGAGUUAGCAUCGUUCUGGUGACCAAGGAGGAGUUCAUCAACUAUUACUGCGGCGUUAGCGCCUCCAUCGACAGCGACGUCUACUUUAUUCUAAUGAUGAGGAACGCCUGGAAGCUCUGAGCUGAAGAAACACCUGUUACACCAGCAGGACUCCUCUGGACCGGGUCCUGGAUCAGAUCUGGAUUUACCUCCAGUCAGUCGUCUGAAUUUCUGUGUUUUCAUAGUUUAGAAACAUUUUGAACUUUUUGUGAUUGGGAUUUGAUGAAAUCAAGAAAACCUUCUCAAACAUUUUAUAUUUUAUUGUA